AUGGACAUCCGCCUCCUCACCACCGCCGACCUCCCCCUCAUCCAGCACGCCAACCUGGAGAACCUGCCGGAAAACUACUUCCUCAAGUACUACCUCUACCACGCGCUGUCGUGGCCGCAGCUGAGCUUCGUGGCCGUGGAUGUCUCGCGCCCGCGCAAGGGCGCCUACGACUACCCCAAGAUUGUGGGCUACGUGCUGGCCAAGAUGGAGGAGGAGCCGGCGGACGGGGUGCAGCAUGGGCAUAUCACGAGCUUGAGCGUGAUGCGGACGCAUCGACGGCUGGGGAUUGCGGAGAAGCUGAUGAGGCAGAGCCAGCUCGCCAUGGUGGAAACCUUCCAGGCCAAAUACGUCUCCCUCCACGUCCGCGUCUCCAACGUCGCCGCACGCCACCUCUACGAAGACACGCUCAAGUUCCGCAACGAAAAGACCGAGAGCAAGUACUACGCCGACGGCGAGGACGCCUUCAGCAUGCGGCUCGACCUGGACGACGUGGCGGAGCUGGCGAAGCGCUAUGCCGGCGGCGAGGACGAGGACAAGGACAAGGACGAGGAGAAGAAGAAGAGCAACGGGGCUGCUGAUGCUGGUGCUGGUGCGAACUCUGCUGAGUUGCCGAUACGGAGCGAGGGCGUGGAUGAGGGCGAGGCGGUGGGCGAGGUUGGGAGGGAUCCGGAGGCGGGUGAUAAGGAGAAGAAGGUCAAGGUUGCGGUGGGGAGGGGAUUGGGAGUUGGAGAUUUGGUGGAGAAGGAUGAGACGAAGCAUUAG